UUGAGUCUUGAGAUUUCAUUAGGCCAUGCCUAGGAUAAAGAUACCCUGUGUUGGACGCAGCAAAACCUUGGAUACACGACUAAGUCUUCCUUGUGUUUGACAGGUGUAGAAGAUGGCAGUGUGGAUCCAGGCCCAGCAGCUCCAGGGAGACGCCCUCCACCAGAUGCAGUCUCUGUAUGGGCAACACUUCCCCAUUGAAGUGAGACAUUAUCUCUCCCAGUGGAUCGAGGGCCAACUCUGGGACACUAUCGACUUGGAGAACCCACAGGAGGAGUUCAAGGCCAAACGCUUACUGGAAGGUCUGAUUCAGGAGCUGCAGAACAAAGCGGAGCACCAGGUGGGAGAGGACGGCUUCCUGCUCAAAAUCAAACUGGGACACUACGCCAGCCAGCUCAAGAGCACGUAUGACCGCUGUCCUCUGGAGCUGGUGCGCUGCAUCAAACACAUCCUCUACACGGAGCAGCGGCUCGUCAGGGAGGCCACCAAUCAGUCGAGCUCCCCCGUAGGCGGCCUGAUGGACAGCAUGUCUCAGAAAUACCAGCAGAUCAACCAAGCCUUCGAGGAGCUCCGCCGGCUCACCCAGGACACGGAGAACGACCUGCGCAAGCUCCAGCACAACCAGGAGUACUUCAUCAUCCAGUACCAGGAGAGCCUGCGCAUCCAGGCCCAGUUAUCCAGCCUGGCCACACUGCCCCCUGCUGACCGACAGUUACGAGAACCCCCCCUCGUAACCAAGAGAGCCACGAUGGAAGCAUGGCUGACCAGGGAGGCCAACACACUACAGAAGUACAGACUGGACUUGGCAGAGAAGCACCAGAAAACACUGCAGCUGCUGAGGAAGCAGCAGACGAUCAUUCUGGACGACGAGCUGAUUCAGUGGAAGAGGCGGCAGCAGCUGGCAGGCAACGGGGGCCCGCCGGAGGGGGGCAUGGACAUCCUGCAGUCCUGGUGCGAGAAGCUGGCGGAAACAAUCUGGCAGAACAGGCAGCAGAUUCGGAGGGCGGAGCACCUACGACAACAGCUGCCCAUCCCAGGGCCCAUCGAAGACCUCCUGAAUGAGCUCAACAGCACCAUUACAGACAUCAUCUCAGCCUUGGUCACCAGCACCUUCAUCAUUGAGAAGCAGCCUCCACAGGUGCUAAAAACCCAGACCAAGUUUGCCGCCACCGUUCGCCUCCUCGUGGGAGGCAAGCUCAACGUGCACAUGAACCCGCCGCAGGUCAAGGCCACCAUCAUUAGCGAGCAGCAGGCCAAGGCGCUGCUGAAGAACGAGAACACCAGGAAUGACAGCAGUGGAGAAAUCCUCAACAACAACUGCGUGAUGGAGUACCACCAGACGACGGGCACGCUCAGCGCUCACUUCAGGAACAUGUCUUUGAAGCGGAUCAAGCGGUCGGACAGGAGAGGAGCAGAAUCCGUCACCGAGGAGAAGUUCACCAUUCUCUUCGAGUCCCAGUUCAGCGUCGGAGGCAAUGAGCUCGUCUUCCAAGUGAAGACAUUGUCACUGCCGGUAGUGGUGAUCGUCCACGGGAGCCAAGACAAUAAUGCCACGGCCACGGUGCUGUGGGACAACGCUUUUGCUGAGCCAGGCCGGGUUCCAUUCCUGGUGCCGGACAAGGUGCUGUGGCCUCAGCUGUGCGAGGCGAUCAACAUGAAGUACAAGGCGGAAGUGCAGAGCAACCGCGGCCUCUCCGAGGAGAACCUGAUCUUCCUCGCCCAGAAGGCCUUCGGCAGCACCAGCACCAGCGUGGAAGACGACCGCAACAUGGCGAUGACCUGGUCACAGUUUAACAGAGAAAGCCUGCCUGGUAGGAACUUCACAUUUUGGCAGUGGUUUGACGGCGUGAUGGAACUGACAAAGAAGCACCUGAAGCUACACUGGAAUGACGGAGCCAUACUGGGCUUUGUGAACAAGCAGCGGGCUCAAGACAUGCUGAUGUCCAAGUCCAACGGCACCUUUCUCCUGCGCUUCAGCGACUCGGAGAUCGGAGGCGUCACCAUCGCGUGGGUGGCCGAAAAUCCCAACAAAGCAGGCGAGAGAAUGGUGUGGAACCUCAUGCCCUACACAAGCAAAGACUUCUCCAUCCGCUCUCUGGCCGACCGCAUCAGCGACCUCAACCACCUGCUGUUCCUCUACCCCGACCGGCCCAAGGACGACGUCUUCUCCAAAUAUUACACCCCUCCGCUCUCCAAGGCGGUGGACGGCUACGUGAAGCCGCAAAUCAAACAAGUGGUGCCUGAGUUUACAACAUCCAAUCCAGAUCCGACAAGUGGGAAUCAAACCUACAUGGACCACGUGGCCUCCCCAGCAGCUAUCAGCCACCCUCACACCUACGGCAUGUACCAACCAAUGAGCGACUCCAUGCUGGACGGCGACGCAGACUUUGACCUGGACGACACCAUGGACGUGGCGCGGCACGUGGAGGAGCUCCUGCGGCGGCCGGUGGAGGGCCACUGGGGGGGCCAGCAGUCUUGACCCCCGCCUCCCUCGCUCGCCCCCGCCGCCACCAAACGAACCCUGGCUCUCACGGUUUUCAGACCCGUCAUCAUUUGUAUCCUCCUCCCACCUCCAAAUAGCUGAAAUGUGAAAUGUUAAUAACGGUUUUUCUUGUGGUUCUCAGUGCGAGCGCAUGCGUGGCGAUUCCACUCUCGUAGGUUUUAUUGUGUCAUUUGUCCUUAAGUGUUUUGUACGUUGCACACGUCCACACAGUAUUGUUUUCAGAAAAAAAAGGAAAAAUGUUGUUUUUCGCCCCGGAUGCAUUUACUCCACUGUACAAAGAACUGGAAGUAUGGGAUGUUCUCCUGGAAGCGACGCUAGAAGCUUCUACACGACGCUGCCUGCUCAUCCUCUCAGGUCCUCCUCUCACUUUACCUUGCCUUAUCAUACUUGUUACUACUACUGCUGCACUCAAGCCACUCGGUACGGCCGGCUUUUUUCUUUUUUUUUUAUUAGGCUUGCUUUUGAUCGUUCCAGGCCUGUAAUUUAUGUGUGUGCGUUUUUUGGGAAGUAUAGAUACAUUACUCAGAAUCCACCGCCGCCACUAAUUUUAGACCUCAUAGAGACGCCGUUUUUUGUUUCUCUCUUACGCACCUCAGGAAAUCGAACGCUACAUUUAAGAUGCAUGCGGAAUAUAUGAAGUUGUUUUUUUUUCCUCCAAUGUGAUUCCUUGUCGAAUGCCAACAAUUUUCAAAGACCCUUUUCUGCAAGAGUGCACUAGUUGGGUAUCAAAAGUGGCAGAGAAAACGACCAGCGGCACAAUUCAUUUUGAGCCAUUCCGUUUACUGCCUAAAUGGGCUGCUGGGACAAACAAAAUGGUAGAAUAUUUUCUGUUUACUGCCUAAACGGGCAGCCGUGAAAAAAAACAACCUUCCGCAGCCAUUUAAUUUUAGCUUUGCUAGUUUCCCGCUUGAACAGGUUGUCAAAAAGCAAAUCAAAAGUGGCAGAAAAAACCCACCAAUUGUACAAUUAUUUCUGAUCCACACCGUUCGCUGCCUAAACGGGCUGCCGUACAAAGCGAAAUGGUCAGCAACCUGCCACAGCCGUUUAGUUUUGGCCUCACUAGUUAUCUACCUUGAUAAAAAUGUACUCAAAUAUGGCAGAAAAAACAACCAAUGGCACAAUUUAUUCUGACCCAUUCCGUUUACUGCCUAAAUGGGCUGCUGUGACAAACAAAGGGUUCAGCAACCUUCCACAGCCGUUUUUAUUUUGUCCUAACUAGUUAUUUGGAUGAACAGGUCGUCAAAAAGUCAAUCAAAAGUGGCAGAAAAACAAGACCAUUCAUUUUGAUCCAUUUUGUUUACUGCUUAAACGGGUUGCUGGGACAAACAAAAUGGUAGAAUAUUUUCUGUUUACUGCCUAAACGGGCAGCCGUGAAAAAAAACAACCUUCCGCAGCCAUUUAAUUUUAGCUUUGCUAGUUUCCCGCUUGAACAGGUUGUCAAAAAGCAAAUCAAAAGUGGCAGAAAAAACCCACCAAUUGUACAAUUAUUUCUGAUCCACACCGUUCGCUGCCUAAACGGGCUGCCGUACAAAGCGAAAUGGUCAGCAACCUGCCACAGCCAUUUAGUUUUGGCCUCACUAGUUACCUACCUUGAUAAAAAUGUACUCAAAUAUGGCAGAAAAAACGACCAAUGGCACAAUUUAUUCUGACCCAUUCCGUUUACUGCCUAAAUGGGCUGCUGUGACAAACAAAAGGUUCAGCAACCUUCCACAGCCGUUUUUAUUUUGUCCUAACUAGUUAUUUGGAUGAACAGGUCGUCAAAAAGUCAAUCAAAAGUGGCAGAAAAACAUGACCAUUCAUUUUGAUCCAUUUUGUUUACUGCUUAAACGGGUUGCUGGGACAAACAAAAUGGUAGAAUAUUUUCUGUUUACUGCCUAAACGGGCAGCCGUGAAAAAGCCAACCUUCCGCAGCCAUUUAAUUUUAGCUUUGCUAGUUUCCCGCUUGAACAGGUUGUCAAAAAGCAAAUCAAAAGUGGCAGAAAAAACCCACCAAUUGUACAAUUAAUUCUGAUCCACACCGUUCACUGCCUAAACGGGCUGCCGUACAAGGCGAAAUGGUCAGCAACCUGCCACAGCCGUUUAGUUUUGGCCUCACUAGUUAUCUACCUUGAUGAAAAUGUACUCAAAUAUGGCAGAAAAAACGACCAACGGCACAAUUUAUUCUGACCCAUUCCGUUUACUGCCUAAAUGGGCUGCUGUGACAAACAAAGGGUUCAGCAACCUUCCACAGCCGUUUUUAUUUUGUCCUAACUAGUUAUUUGGAUGAACAGGUCGUCAAAAAGUCAAUCAAAAGUGGCAGAAAAACAAGACCAUUCAUUUUGAUCCAUUUUGUUUACUGCUUAAACGGGUUGCUGGGACAAACAAAAUGGUAGAAUAUUUUCUGUUUACUGCCUAAACGGGCUGCCGUGGAAAACCAACCUUCCGCAGCCAUUUAAUUUUUAGCUUAGCUAGUUUCCUGCUUGAACAGGUUGUCAAAAAGCAAAUCAAAAGUGGCAGAAAAAAACGACAAAUGGUCAAAUUCACUCUGAUCCAUACUGUUCACUGCCUAAACGGGCUGCCGUACAAAGCGAAAUGGUCAGCAACCUGCCACAGCUCUUUAAAUUUGGCCUCACUAGUUUUCUGCCUUGAUAAAAAUGUACUCAAAUAUGGCAGAAAAAACGACCAAUGGCACAAUUCAUUCUGACCCAUUCCGUUUACUGCCUAAAUGGGCUGCUGUGGAAAACAAAUGGAUUAGCAACAUUCCACAGCCGUUUAAAUUUGGCCUCACUAGUUAUUUGGAUGAACGGGUUGUCAAAAAGUCAAUCAAAAGUGGCAGGAAAAACACGACCAGCGGCACAAUUCGUUUUGAUCCAUUUUGUUUACUGCUUAAACGGGUUAAAUGGUAGAAUAUUUUCUGUUUACUGCCUAAAUGGGCUGCCGUGGAAAACAAAAGCGUCAGCAACCUUCCGCAGCCAUUUAAUUUUAGCCUAACUAGUUUCCUGCUUGAACAGGUUGUCAAAAAGCAAAUCAAAAGUGGCAGAAAAAAAACGACGAAUUGUAAAAUUCAUUCUGAUCCAUACUGUUCACUGCCUAAACGGGCUGCAAUAUAAUGCGAAAUGGUCAGCAACCUGCCACAGCCGUUUAGUUUUGGCCUCACUAGUUUUCUGCCUUGAUAGGUUGUCAAAAAUG